AUGGUAGAUAAGAAGAACCGACGUUGUGUCUUGCAUGUGGAACUUACCAAAAUCGUCUCAGAAAAUCAGAGCAACGAGAUGUUUUCUAUGAAUGAGGAAAAUCUGAGUGAUGCCAGAGCUAAUGAUGGCAUGGUUGGAGUUGGAGAGUUGGAAAUUGUUCCUCAUAUUCAGGAGGAUGAGUUUGAGCAUGAGAAAAUCAGUGAAGAGGGUGAUGAAAUGGAUGAUAGGGAGGAGUUGCCGGCUGUUACAACAGUUAAACCUCCUGUUGUCAAUUCAGAAUGGGAUGAUGGCAUUGAUAUUAGUCUUCAUCAAGAAUUUGCGACUAGAGAAGAAGUGAGGGAUUUAGUGGACAAAGGUGUGCAUUCCAAUUGUUUUGAGGUUGAUAUACAGAAGUCGAAUCCUCGGGUUUACAUAUUGAAAUGUCGUGGGGCUGGAUGCAGAUGGUAUUUACGAGCUCCAAAGCUGAAGAACUCUGAUUUUUUCUCUAUCAGAACGUAUAGAAAGAUUCAUACGUGCUCUCGUGGAGAUGCAAGUGUCAUGAAGAAGAAGAAAAUAGGCACGCCAAGCUUGGUCGCAUCAGUGGUGCACUCUGAUUAUCCCGGCAAAUACAAGACUCCGGAUCCAAAGACUCUCAUAGAUUUGGUGCAGAACAAGCUGGGUGUUAAAGUUUCAUAUUCUAUGGCUUUGAGAGGGAAAAAUAAAGCUUUGAGUGAUUUGCGUGGUAACCCGGAGGAGAGUUUUGCUAGGCUGCCAUCUUACUUGUACAUGUUACAAAGGAUGAAUCCUGAUACCAUUACACGAUUAGAAGUGGAUGAGAAGAACCAGUUUAAGUAUAUGUUCUUUGCGCUUGGAGCUUGCAUCGAAGGGUUCAAGGCGAUUAGGCAAGUGAUAAUAAUGGAUGGAACUCACCUGAAGGGUGUGUACAAAGGAGUGCUUCUCAUUGCCACUGCUCAAGAUCCAGAUCAUCAUCAUUAUCCCCUUGCUUUUGCAGUAGUAGAUGGUGAGAAAAAUGCAAGCUGGGAGUGGUUUUUAACUAUAUUAAAAACUUUGAUAUCAGAUGAUCCUCAGCUUGUAUUUUGUACUGAUAGAAACCAAAGCAUCAUCAAGAAAGUACACGAGGUAUACCCAUUGGCGAUCCAUGGAUAUUGCAAUUAUCACUUGUCUAAUAAUGUCAGCGGAGCUUGCAGCAAUGUUAACAAGAAAGGGGUUGCCAAAAAAUUUAGAAGUAUUGCUGGUAUUUACAGUGAGGUGGAGUUCAUCAAAUGCUACAACGAUUUCAUGAAAAUGUAUCCUCAAGCAGCCGAGUAUCUAGAUGACAGUGUUCAUGAGACAAAAUGGGCAAGAUGCAAAUUUCCGGGAGAAAGGUACAACAUAGACACAACCAACACUGUUGAAUCUAUCAAUGGUGUUUUGAAGGAACCAAGGAAAUAUGCGUUGUUGCCAAUGCUUGAUGUGAUCGUGGAAAAGAUAACAGAAUGGUUCAACAAAUACCGUCUAUUACCUCUACGCGUACCAGAGAGGCAGAUACUAAUCCCACAUGUGCAUGGGAUAUUGCAUCACAUAUAUCCUACGGCUAAAAAGCUGAAGGUGACCGAGCUAAAUACAUUUGAAGGUCACUACAAUGUGCUUGGCGAGGAUGGUCAUGGUUAUUUAGUUGAUCUGAGCAACAAAACAUGCUAUUGUAGGUGUUUUGAUAUUGAUCGGUAUCCUUGUGUGCAUGCACUUGCUGCCAUCAUGGCGCGUGGAGAAAUGGCUGACCAUUAUUGUUCUAGGUAUUACUGGAUGGAGCAGUGGACUUUGGCAUAUUACAGGACAAUAUAUCCAGUGCCUCAUCAUUCAACAUGGGAAAGUUCUGAAAUUCCUGAGGAAAUCCGAUAUCAGGUUGUCCUCCCUCCGUAUGUGGAGAAAAAAAAAGGAAGACUACAAGUUACUAGAUUCCCAUCUGCCGGAGAAUAUCGGAGGAAGAGAAAGAAGAAGUUUCCACCAUUGAUUGGUGAAAACGAAGAAAGUGGCAGUGAUGGCAGUGACAGUGAUAACAGUGGUAGUGACAGCAGUGACAGAAGUGGAAAUGGGAACGAAGGAGGUGACAACGAAGGAAGUGGUAACGAAAAAAAUGAUGAAUGA